AUGGACAUAGAACAUGGUGUGAGGAUUAACUUUUCCAAAUCCAUAUAUCAGAAGGUCGCUCCUUCCGUCGGACUUCACCCUUUCGGGGAGUUGAACGACAUUGGAACCUUUGAAAUCCACCGCUGUCGUAUUCCCACAAAUCUUUUCAAGUCAAUUGUGAUGGACAUGGAUAACAUGUUAAUCGAAUAUGGCGCCCCCUUCGAUCAUGAGACGGAUACGGCGAGAUCGAGGUUCAUCUCUCCGAUUUUCAACCACCUCGUUAGCCAGUUCACUUUCAUGCUGAGGAAUCACCCAAAGAAUAUGCUCGCUACUGUUGGUGCAAAAGAUCACAUCGGGAAUUUCUACAAAAUUUUUGGUGCUGUUGCGAUUAUUUCCGUCGAAAUGAUGCACGCCAGGAGAAAUAGCGAGGAACGUUUGAAGGGUAUUGCUCAGAUUAUGGUUGAAAGUAAUGGCUGCGACCUCGAGAACUACGCUCGUGGUUUUUCUCUACCUAUCCACUGCAUUUUCCACAAUGGCCCGUCCUUUGAAUUUUUCAAGUUUGAAAGCACGCCAAAUCCAACUUUUCUACGUGGCUGCUUUCAAGGAGAUCCGAAACCCUACCGGCAGGGCGUGUGGCUAGAGGACCUCGGCACCUUGGAAACUCCUCUUCCUUUCGUUCUCCAGCUUCGCUGUGUAUGCGAGACAAUAUUUGAUGUGAUGCUGAGCGCAUAUAUCGCAGGCUUGAAGGCAGGUUACAAUCACUCGAAAAACGAGGGGAAGACGGAGGGUUCGAGUUUCGAUGAAUGGGACCGGGCCCUUCGAUCCGCUGAACGUGCGCAGGCAACAUUUAGGAAGGCUGAGGUUCAGCGCCAGGAGGGUAAUAUUGUGUCUGCGGAUGCGACCGUUGACGAGGCUCUUCUUGCACUACAGGAGAGGUAUGCGUUCCACUCAUCUUACAGGAGCAGUGACUAUAUACAAGUCAGAACUCGUCAUGCCAGUCUGGGAUGA